CGGAGGCGCAUUGCACUUGAGCACCGGCGGUGUCCGAUGCCAAACGGCUGUCUUCUCUGCCACAAUUUGCUGUAUUCGUUCCAGCGUAAACAAUCGUUGCUGUACAGAUCCCGUGUGAUAUAGACCUGUCUUUCACAUUCCUUUGGCUACAUCCCAAGUUUCGGCCCUCCAAAUGCCUGAUAUUUCAGUCGACGUUCUGGUCAUAGGCGCUGGCCCAACUGGAUUGGGCGCCGCCAAAAGACUCAAUCAGAUCAAUGGCCCAUCAUGGAUGAUUGUCGAUUCAAAUGAGACUCCUGGCGGCCUGGCCUCUACAGAUGUGACCAAGGAAGGAUUUCUCUACGAUGUCGGUGGCCAUGUCAUCUUUUCCCACUACAAAUACUUUGACGACUGCAUUGACGAGGCGCUGCCGAAUGAAGAUGACUGGUAUACCCACCAAAGGAUAUCCUACGUUCGGUGCAAAGGCCUAUGGGUGCCCUAUCCAUUCCAGAAUAACAUCUCGAUGCUGCCCAAGGAAGACCAGGUGGUGUGCAUGGAUGGGCUGAUUGACGCCGCAAUGGCAGCAAGAGUUGCAAACACAAAGCCCCAGAAUUUUGAUGAAUGGAUUCUUCGCAACACCGGGGUUGGUAUUGCAGACGUUUUCAUGAGACCUUACAACUUCAAAGUGUGGGCCGUUCCCACGACCAAGAUGCAAUGCCAAUGGCUCGGAGAACGUGUGGCAGCUCCUGAUCUCAAGGCCGUCACCAAGAACGUCAUUCUUCAGAAGACCGCAGGGAACUGGGGCCCCAACGCUACCUUCAGAUUCCCCGCGCGCGAUGGCACUGGCGGCAUCUGGAUUGCCGUUGCUAAGACUCUCCCUGAAGAGAAGAAGCGUUUUGGAAAGAAAGGCACCGUCAAGAAGGUCAAUGCCGACAAGAAACAGGUUCUGCUGGCAGAUGGCACCACCAUCCAUUACGAAAGACUCAUCAGCACCAUGGCCAUUGACUUUUUGGCCGAGGCCAUGGAGGACGAGAAACUGAUCAGCUUGUCGAAGGGUUUGUUCUACAGCAGUACUCAUGUCAUUGGUGUGGGUAUCCGAGGCUCACGUCCCGAACGAAUUGGCGACAAGUGCUGGCUUUAUUUCCCCGAGGACAAUUGCCCCUUCUAUCGGGCGACUAUAUUUUCCAACUACUCUCCAUACAACCAGCCGCAAAAGAAUGUCAAGCUGCCCACGUUACAACUUGCCAACGGAUCUCGGCGCCAGAGUAUGCAGGCUAAGGAGGGACCCUACUGGUCGAUCAUGCUGGAGGUGUCUGAGUCCAGUAUGAAACCAGUCAACCAGGAGACUCUCCUCAAGGACUGCAUUCAAGGCUUGGUCAACACCGAGAUGCUGAAGCCUGACGACGAAAUUGUCUCGACAUACCACCGCCGAUUCGAUCACGGUUACCCUACCCCGACUCUGGAACGAGAAGGGGUCCUCAAGCAGAUGCUCCCGGCUCUUCUAGAGAAAGGCAUCUACAGCCGCGGACGCUUCGGAUCCUGGAGAUACGAGGUGGGCAACCAAGACCAUUCGUUCAUGCUGGGCGUCGAAGCUGCAGACAACAUUAUCAAUGGAGCGGUCGAGCUGACACUCAACUACCCCGACUUUGUCAACGGACGGCAGAACACGGAACGAAGACUGGUGGAAGGGGCGGCGUUGUUUGGCAAGAAGAAGGCAGAGAAUGGCAAUGUUGUGGUUGGACGUCGCAUGACUGGCGGCAAGACGGAGUUGGGUGGGCGAAUGGAGACCAGCGGGAAAGAGGCAUUGAACGCCAGCGGCGGGACCGCAACGGCCAUGAAGGACGGGAACUCGAGGGUUCUGAACCGCAGUUGGUGAAGAGCAGGAGUGAGCUGAGCUGGUCAUGAGGUUGCAGCUUUUCGUUUUGUUUCGGUCUUUCGCAUUGGACAUAUUCACCUCGCCAAGCGGCAUAGAGCGAGCGACUUCAUCCACGUGGGCCAAGAAGACGGGGUUUAUUGCGCAUGAUACGCGGGAUCAUGGGAGAAUAGAGGGGUUAGAGCGGCUUUCCUUCUGCCGAAUACUAGAAGAGGACGGUUUCCCAAAAGAAUAGUAACCUUUGACUCUUGGAUUUUGGUCGUUCAUCGGUACUUUUCUCGUCCGUCACCUCAGGGCCCCUGGACGAGGGUUGAUGCCGUCUUAGCGAGGAACAGACCAGUCACACCCCAGAGUGGAGGGUAGUUGUCCUCUGUCCCUGAAGCGUUCUUUGCGCCGACCCUCUGGCCUCCGGCUG